UCCGCCUCCAAAAUUCCCCAACCAGCACGGCGAAAAUUCCCCACGAUCCCGUGCCAAUCUCCACUGGUUUUGCUCGAGGUAGGUGAGGCCAUGCCUUCGAGGAGCAAGUGCAACCGCGUCGCCGACGAGGAGGAGGAGGAUGAGGAGAUUGUCGCCGUCUCCUCCGACGCCGACGAAUCGGAGCCGGAGUCCGCGGUGGGGAGCGGUGCGGAGGAGGAGGAGGAGGAGGACGACGACGACUACGUGGGGGAGAGCAGUGACGCGGGCGGGGGCAGCGGUGACGGCGAUGAGGAAGGAGGUAGCGGCGACAUUGGCGAUGGCGAGGACGGCGGGGGGCGAGUUCGGAGCGCGCGUCGCGGCGUGACGGCGCCCGAUCUGGAGAGAAAAUCGCAGAACGUGGAUGCCCUUGUCAGGGGAAAUCUGGUUGUAAGAAGGCAGCCACUUAUUCCACGCAUUCUUUCAGUUUCUGAUGCGGCAGCGAUAGCUCGAAAACCAUUCAAACCUCCCUGUCAAAAUGGAUACAGUGAAAAUAAUGAGCAACUUUCUCGGCGUCUUUCGGCUCGUAAAAGAUUUGUCCCAUGGGGUUCGGUUCAGCCAUUUGCAGUUACAAAUAUUCUUCCACGGUCACCUGCUGUUGCUAGUGAUGAUUCUGUAGAAAAGGAAGAAACUCUUCCACCAGGCAUAGAGCCAUUGAUUUUGUGGCAGCCUGAGGGGUGUGACAAGGAAAACAAUAAUUUUUCUGCAAUUGAGGUUGAUCACUUGCUUGUACGUUACCUUCGACCCCAUCAAAGGGAAGGAGUUCAGUUUAUGUUUGAUUGUGUAUCUGGGUUAUUAAAUGAUGAUGGAAUAGCUGGUUGCAUUUUAGCUGAUGACAUGGGAUUGGGGAAGACUUUACAGUCGAUAACUUUACUAUACACCCUUCUUUGCCAAGGAUUUGAUGGUAAGCCAAUGGUUAAAAGGGCUGUCAUCGUAACACCCACAAGUUUAGUUAGCAACUGGGAAUCUGAGAUAAUUAAGUGGUUAAAAGGCAGAGUGCAGCUGCUUGCUCUUUGUGAAAGCACACGCGCUGACGUUCUUUCUGGAAUUGAAAGUUUCUUAAAACCUUUGAGUCGUCUUCAGGUACUCAUCAUAUCUUAUGAGACCUUCCGCAUGCAUUCUUCAAAAUUUGAGAGGCCAGGAAGCUGUGACCUCCUGAUAUGUGACGAGGCCCACAGGCUGAAAAAUGAUCAGACCCUAACCAAUAAAGCCUUGGCUGCCCUUCCUUGUAAACGGCGUGUCCUGUUAUCAGGUACCCCAAUGCAGAAUGAUCUGGAGGAAUUCUUUUCAAUGGUAAAUUUCACAAAUCCAGGUGUUCUGGGGGACGCUUCAUAUUUCCGUAGAUAUUAUGAAGCACCAAUCAUUUGCGGAAGAGAGCCCACAGCAAGUGCAGAAGAAAAGAAUUUGGGAUCUGAAAGAUCUGCAGAGCUCAGUGCCAAAGUAAAUCAGUUUAUAUUGAGACGGACGAAUGCCCUGUUAUCCAAUCACUUGCCCCCAAAGAUCGUUGAAGUAGUAUGCUGCAAGUUAACUUCUUUGCAGACUACACUGUACAAUCACUUCAUACAUUCAAAAAAUGUUAAACGCUUGAUAUCUGAAGAAACAAAGCAAUCCAAAAUUUUGGCUUAUAUUACUGCUCUUAAGAAGUUAUGCAACCAUCCAAAGCUGAUCUAUGACACCAUAAAAAGUAAUAAUUCAGGGGGUUCUGGUUUUGAUGACUGCUUGCGUUUUUUCCCUCCGGAACUGUUUUCAGGAAGAUCUGGAUCAUGGACUGGUGGAGAAGGGAUGUGGGUAGAACUGUCUGGCAAAAUGCACGUGUUGGCUAGAAUACUGGGGCACCUCCGCCAGAAAACUGAUGAUCGCAUUGUUCUUGUAUCAAAUUAUACCCAGACAUUAGAUCUAUUUGCACAAUUAUGUCGGGAAAGGAGAUACCCAUAUAUUAGGCUUGAUGGAGCAACAUCCAUUAAUAAAAGGCAAAAAUUGGUGAAUCAAUUCAACGAUCUAUCCAGAGAUGAGUUUGUCUUCCUACUCAGUAGCAAGGCAGGUGGUUGUGGGCUCAAUUUGGUAGGUGGAAAUCGAUUGAUUCUCUUUGACCCUGAUUGGAACCCUGCCAAUGAUAAGCAGGCUGCUGCUAGAGUAUGGAGAGAUGGACAAAAAAAGAGAGUGUACAUAUACAGGUUCUUAAGCACAGGAACCAUUGAGGAGAAGGUAUAUCAGCGUCAGAUGUCAAAAGAGGGUCUCCAAAAAGUUAUUCAACAAGAACAAGCAGAUGGCAAAAUGAAGGGAAGUUCUCUUUCAACAGAAGAUCUGCGUGAUCUGUUUACCUUCCAUGAACAAGUCAGUUCUGAGAUACAUGAAAAUUUGAAGUGCAACCGUUGUAGCAAGGAUGACUGUAUGGUUCUCGAUGGUAGUGAAUUUGAAUCAGCAGCCACCGAGCACGAGGCUUUUAAUUCAGGAGGAAAAGAUUAUGUUGAUAUUGGUGGGUUCGGAGAGAUCUCUGGAUGUGUGCAGAAAAUGAAAAGUUCGAAUCAACAGAUUGGAAGACCUUCUGAAGAAGAUUUAGGAAGUUGGGGCCAUCAUUCUGAUCCAUCAACUGUACCUGAUACUAUACUCCAAUGUUCUGCUGGUGAUGAGGUUUCUUUUGUUUUCACAAACCAGAUUGACGGGAAACUUGUUCCAGUUGAAUCUAUUGCACGACCUGCAACUCAUCGAACAAAUGAAAUGACAGUUAGUGCAGAAAAAGAUGUGGGGAAAAUCAAUCCUUCUAAUGUAACCGGAACCGAAAAACAAUCUCUACUUGGAAAAAAAUUGAAGAUGAUGGGAUUCAAUUUAAAGCAUUCAUCUAUAAAAUGUCCAAUGAAGUCCAGAAGAAUGCUGCCAAACUGCUUGCAAGGGCUUAGCAAAACCAGUCUAUCUUCAGAUCAUCAAUGAACUAAGAAGCUUCACCUUAGUUCUGACGUAUCUGAUGAUGAUUUUGUUUGAGUGUAUCAUCUGCUAAUUUUGUUUAUAUCAUGUGAAUGCCACGCUCUCCUGAAGGAUUGGCCUGUCAAUGGGAAUAUUGCAUACUAUUGAGUUAAAGAGACAUCUGAAUUCUGAAGCUUUCUUCAUGUGAAAUGAUGCAUGCAAUUUGGUGUGCUGACAAGGAAUCUGAAGCGUCCUUCAUUGUAAAGUCCACAUACAAUUCGAUUAUUUCAAGAGAAAAAAGGAUCCAUGGAUGGAAAUGUUUGGAAUGAGGUUGGUUCUAUGAUUGUACUACAAGCUUCUCCCCCAUGGCCUUGGGAAUUUUAAACACCAUGCCUAAAGGUUUUAAGAGAAUAGCCAUUACCCAAAUAAAGGUUCAGAAAAGAGUGAGAUCUGCCAUAAGGAUAGGAGACCAACAGAAAGAUUUAAGCUUGUUAUUCCGACAAGCGACUAGACCAGACAUUUGGAUGGACAAGCAUUACUGUUGAACAAGAACUCUUUGACUGGUCCAUUGUGACUUGUUGGAGGCACAGGACCAAGGACUCUCGUUAUCAUUGGUUAUGGAGAUGGAGCCAAAAUGAAGAGGAUUCUUGGGGAUCACAUGGUCCUAUUCCGAGAGGUCGAUGUCGCCAGCUCACACUACUAAUAAACCCGUCUAGUAUCGGUCAAAUGAUUUUGGUGCCUACCUUCUUCACCUGUUGGUUGCCAUCUGAUUCCACUUUCGGACAUGGUUAAGCUAUCCAGUUUUUCUUAUGGUAACUCUGCAUGUGUGUGCAAUUGUACGAAGCUCAGUUUUCCUUUUCUUUACUCUAUAGAAUGUUACAAAGAAUUCUGUAUUCAUUUUUCUACCAGAAUGCUAACUGCACAAAUUUUGGAGAUAUCUACAUUGGUGUCCUACUCGUCAUUUAAUAUAGGGUUUCUUCAUUUGAGCUGGAUUUAACCAUCCCUGGCUUAAGCCAGCA